GUUUUCUCGUAUACACUAGGCUUGUGUCGUUCACGACGUGGUAUAAAAAAAAAAAGUCCCACUUUGUCGAUUGCUAUGAAGCCGGUUUGUCAGUUUAUUCAUAUAAAGAUACAAGUAAAUCUCGCCUUUAUGUUAACUGACAAAGUGGGACGUUUUAGUAAACACACUCGCAUAUAAUUACAAAGUUCUUAGUGCCAUUACAAUAUUACUUUACGUACAAAAAGUGCCGAAAAGUACUAUUCCCGUUAUUCAAAAGCAUAGCAUCAAUUAUGGAAGGCCUCGAAGUCCGAGUAAAAAUAGAAGGAAUUAGUGUUAAGAUGGAGCCACAUUGGAGCGAUAGCGAACUAGAAGACAACAAAAAUGAGCCUGAAUAUGACGAAAAUGUGACAGACCCUACAGGACUUUACGUUGACCAUCUUGUGAAACAUGAGCUUGUACUCGGCCCGGAGAUUAUUCAUCGACCUAGCAGUGCCUACGCAGUUUCAAAUAUUCUUGAUCUGAUACAGUUGAAAACAUGCAAACAGGAAUCAGGCGAGGAGUCUCAAUGCGACCAGUUGCUACCAAAACCACAUCUCACGGACUGUUCUGUAAGAAUCGAGCAAAUACCAACACCAAAAAUCAAGCUUCCAAAAUACAAAGAAAAAACUCUCUCAUGUGAUGUAUGUAACAAAAUGUUUCAUUAUGAAGGACCUCUACUUGCUCAUAAAAGGUGUCAUACUGGAGAAAAACCAUUCCCUUGUGAAAUAUGCGGGAGGAAGUUCAGCGCUACAAACAAUUUAAAAAAACACAAACUUACUCAUAGAGCUAAUAUGAAGGAGCGACGUUACUGUUGUGGUAUAUGUAGAAAAAAGUUCAUUCGUAAAGAUAAUCUAAUGAACCACAAACGUUCACACACAGGAGAGAAACCUUUUGCGUGUGAAAUUUGUAAUAAGAAUUACAGUUACAGAGAAAGCUUAGAAUACCACUUAGCAACGCAUUCUUCUGGAAUUCCAAAGUCUUAUAGCUGUGACAUAUGCGGGGGGAAGUUUCGAACGAAAUCACAUAUAAUAAGACAUAUGCUCAUUCAUGGGGGAGAGAAAUUGUUUCGCUGUGAAAUAUGUACAACGCCUUUCAGACACAAAUCAACUUUAACAUGUCACAUGAGAACACACACCGGUGAGAAUGAGAAGCCGUACGAAUGUGCAGUGUGCACAAAACGGUUCAUAUCAAGUCGCACUUAUGAUAAACAUAAUCUGAAAGUACAUAAGAGACAUAACAUUUCGAAGUAGGGAACAAGUCAAAUUAUUUUAUUAAUUUUAUGUUGUUCCCUAAUUAUGUUAAUUUAACUUUAAUUGACAUAGAUUACUAAUUAAUAUUACAUAUUUGACAUCUAUUUUUUUUACUUUGUGAAUAAUUAAAUAUGAGUAAUAUGUAAAAUGUCUGCCAUUGUCACCAAGUAUAUGGCCAAUCUGGCCAGUGGGGCCAUGGACAGACUGACAAACUCGUGAACGAUCGUAUAAGGGUGGCGUUUUAUUAGGAACACAUAAACCGUGCACAUGGAACCCUUAAAAAGCCCUUUCAUUUGAAAUGAAGUGUAAAGUCUAAAUAAGGUUAAAAACGCUUAAGUUUUUUUGUGACUUUCAAAUCCUGAAACUUUUAAAAACUAUUUUUAUACUUUUUAGGUCCUGUAUUUUUACAAGCUUUUAUUCAACUUGCCUUGUUAGUAUGUUAGUGUGCGUCAAAACGUAGAAGCUAAAUUUGACCCACUUCCCGGUUUCCAAUUGAGCUGAAAUUUUGCACACAUAUGUAAAUCACGUGACAAUGCAAUAUUAUGGUAUCGUGGAGCUGAUCUG